AAGCAACAAACAAGGCCAACUGCUGGAGACCCACCACACCAGCAGUGCAUGGGAAAAAACUCGUAUCAGCAGUGGGAGCAGCAGGCUACCUCCUGUUCGAUCUAUGUAACCGACCUGGGACUGAAGAAAGAAGCACCGAAAUACUUCAAUUCAUCAACCGGUACAUUCGGCAGUUGAUCAGUUGAUGUCGGGGAGCAUGGGGUCCCUCUUGGGGGAAGAAGAUCGCGGGCAAUCGCUUGAGGAGGAUGGCGAUGAAGACCACGAAAGCUUCGGGGAAGAGGACGAGAACAGCAGGUUCGCGGUUGGCUCACGCCUUUCGACUGAAGCUCGACAGGAGGGGUAUACCGCGGAAGGCUUGUUUUCCGGUGAUCGGGUCCACCCAUACGACAGCAGCAACGGCGGCAUAGCCGACGACGACGUCGACGUUGGGGGAAGACGACGAGAAGAACGUUCGCGGGAAGGAGCGCAAGCAGCAGGAGGGUUCGAGAACGAGGGAUCGUGCCAUAGUAAUCCGCAACGACCGACCGAGCUGGAAAGCGGAGGCAACGUCAGCCUGCUUGCCGGACGGAGCGUCGGCAUUACAGCAACAGCAGCGGCGGCAGAGGAGGAGGAGGAGGAGGAGGAGGAGGAGGAGGAGGAGGAGGAGGGGGACAAACAGGAGAUGGUGGACGAGGCGGGGGUGCCGCCGUUGUCUACCAAUGAGAUGGGGUGGCGCAGCGACACCGCUGCUGCUGGGGCGCGCGCGGAUGGGAGCGUGUCUUCUCACCCGGGGGGGGAAGGGAGCUGGCCUCACCGAGGACCGUUCGAUGGUUUGGGUGAAGACGGGUCGCCCCUGUCAGUGCCGUCGGAGAUAAUGCGAUAUGACCCUGAUGUUUCCGGACGCGAUCGGGAGGCGCAAGCGGUGAUCGACGCCCUCCAAGAGGUCUACCACAAUCGCCUCAAGCCCAUCGAGGAGCUCAGCAGGUUCGACAAGUUUCACCACGACGUCAUGACCGACGCCGAUUUGCAGGCCAAGCCACAGGUGCUGGUCCUGGGCCAGUACAGCACGGGGAAGACUUCGAUGAUACGGCAUUUCAUUGGCCGAGACUUUCCGGGGAUGAACAUCGGGCCGGAGGCUGACCCAGGGUUUUUCCAGGUGGUUACGUGUGGGUCGGCAGAGAGGACGGUGAAGGGAUCGGCGCUGUGCAUGUUGGACGAACUCCCCUACACGGGGCUCGGAAAGUUCGGCGCGUCGUUCCUCGGAAAGUUCCAGGCGUCCAUCGUUCCGUCCCCCAUCCUGGAGCACAUAAAUUUCGUCGAUACUCCCGGCAUUCUCGCAGCCGAGAAGCACGGCACGCCUAGGGGUUACCCUUAUCCGGAGGUGGUGAAGUGGUUUGCGGACAGGUCCGACCUCAUAUUCCUGGUCUUCGACUCCCACAAGCUGGACAUGGGGGAAGAGUUCCGGGAGGUCGUGAGGGCCAUUGCUGAACACGGGGACAGGGCGAGUGUGCGGGUGGUGUUGAACAAGGCCCAAGAGGUGGAUGACGACCGCCUUCUCAAGGUCUACGGGGCUCUCAUGUGGUCCAUAGGGCGAUGCCUGAGCGGGAAGGUCGCCGCUCCCAAGGUGUACGUGGGGUCGUUCUGGGACGACCCGCGGCAGGAUCCUGACACCAGCCAUGAGGAAGGACACGCUCCGUUCAACGUGGACGAGGCUGCCCUGCACAAGGAGAUGCUAGAUCUGCCCAAGAACGUCGGGGUCAGAAAGAUCAACGAUCUAAUGCAACGAGCCAAGUUGGUCAAAAUACACCUGCAGAUCAUCUACGCAAUCCGGGCCCGGAUGCCGAGGCUGUGGGGGGCGGAGGCAGCUCAGGACCGCAUCCUGGCGUCGCUGGAGGAGGUGUUCGAGGAGGUCAAGACAGAAGGAGGCGUUAACGAGGCGGACAUGCCCGACGUCGAGGAGUACCGGCGUGACCUCGAACGGAUAGACCUCCGCAGCCUUCCCAGGCGAAACCGUCGGGUGUUGACCACCCUCGACGACAUCUUGGAAAGAGACAUCAAGCAGUGCGUCACCCGGGCGGGAGGGGUGCGGCGUAUCUACAAGCUCGAUGCCGCCGCCAGGGUGGUGAACGACUUCGCAUCUUCGAACGCCAGCAGCAGAUGGAGGAGAGCUACGAUGGGAGGGGUGGGUGUGCGACAUCGUGCCCACCGGAGCUCAGGGUUGUUCGGUCGGAGAAGAGGCGCAAGCAUGCAAGCUGAUUCAGAGUCGUUUAGAGGUGCCGAGAUGGAAGACGGCGAUGGGGACAGCCUGACGACGCAGGAAGAGGAGGAAGGCGGCGACGAGGAGAAGGAAGAAGGCGACGUGCCGGUGCUGCUGGGGGCGUGUGUGAUGGUGCUCGUCGUCGUCGUCGGAGUUUGCUUGGCGCUGUGGAAGAUGGAGGCCCUGCCGCCCUUACCGGCGUGGGCCGUGCCUCUCAAGCCCGAGCGUUUCCCUCCUCUAGAAACGCCUCCGGCGUGAGGGCAGCAACUGUCCCUGCGUUGCUGUCAUCGUCGCUAUCUUGACUUCGAAGUACGUGGUCGCCCUCUUAACUUCAAAAGUAGGUGGUACGGUGGUGUUGUCGCUUCAUCAUCGGCGUUGUUGUCUUGACGACCUCAAAGCAAUUGUUUCCUUUUUGCCCAGGCGCUUCCAACCCAGUGUACCCAUUCUCAGAUAAUGGCUUGUUGCGUGCACUGGUAUGUUUCGGAUGUACUGCUGUAGUCUAGCGGGGUGCCACGACGAAACGCCCCCUGUAUCCCUUGGGACAACAGUCGGCGACGCGUGGUACCGGUGUACGACGGCAACGUUGGUCGGUUGUCGGAGGCGGGACCACUCCACCUAACCGGUAGCAUGUUGCGUCAUUGACAGCGUACUUCGCAAUGAUUAACACGUCGCAUGCGGUGAAUUUCCUUUCGCCGAUUCUCUCCGUGUGUGGUCAUAGAUAGGCCCCACUCCGUUUUUGCUGCUUGAGACUCGCUUAACUUUUUGUUAGCAACGACGGCGGUCCCUUUCUCCAGGUGAAUUAUUCUUUGUGUGUGGGCAUUUUUUUUCUUCUGUCGUGUACAUGGAAGCCUCGGGGUAAAAGGAAAGUGGUCGUAAUAGGAUGGUUGGAUGGACGUUGGUAUGCUGGGUGACGGCCUUUGGUGACCACACGUAUCAUGACGGUGGCCAUGCUUCGCGCCGUCGAUCAUUAGUUUCGGCAGCGAUUUCCUCUCCUCCGAGGGAUUGUCGAUGGUCCAUUUGCUACAAGUGAGUUUGCUGAAAGCAAGAAGAAAUUUGUCUCUUGCGAAUAGACGUGCACUCAUAUAUCCUUCUCAAAGUUUGGGUGGGGAAUACUUGCAGUGGUCUGAAGACUAUCGGGUUUAUGCAUAUGACGCCGGGUGCUUGGGUGCAAACGGGUACUACAGCAUGUGGUGCAGACUAUGCAUGGCCGGAAGCUGUCGGUGGAUCAUCUUUGCAUGGCUACGGUUUUCGGUAGACGUGCGCUUCGCGCUCUACGUGUAUCAGGGUCGUCUCUUGCCAAGUACGUAUCGACAUGGCCCGCAUGGCCCCGUUGUGGCUAAGCUGCAAAUAGGGAGCGAACAAUCUUGUCCGUUUUGGGCUAGUCCUUUUUUUUUUUGUUCCUGCCUUGUUUACCCUGGUGCUAUUGCUGUGUCUCAUACUCCCAUCCCAUUGCUGAUAUAGCUGUAUUCUUUCGAAAGGUCGGAUGUUGGCCUGUCUCGGACUGGGCCUCGCCACCUAGAUGGGUUGUACUGAGCUUCCACUAGUAUUUAGGAUUUCGAUUUUUGAGCGUUAUGCAAUCGCAUGAAAUGAGUUGAACCUCAAAGUUCACUUCUCUUACACCCCAAAAUGUUUGGUAUCGUGGAAGCAAUUGUUUCUGGCAGGACGCACAGAGAGCUGUAGACAAAGCAAGGGGAAGCUAGUUGACCCGAAAGGGCCUUGUGGUGCCGUAACGAACAUGGAAGAGUCUCGACAGGAAACGGUCAAUGCGGUGCUGCACAUAUGUUGAUGUUUUUGAGGCCGAUCGCUGGCGCGAUCUGGAUCACUCUUGUUACUACAAAAAGUGCAGACCAAAGAGCAACGUUGGCUGGAGGUCGACAUAUACCACAGAACAAACAACUGACUGGAA